AUGAUUCAGAGAAUUCUCGGGCAAUUUGUACAAGAAUUUCAAAAAAAUGGUUCACAUAGUUUAUUACCACAUCUGAGAAAAACGACUUCAAUAAAACUUUCACGUCGUUUUAAUCAUAAUAAUGCUAAUUCGAAUGCUGAACCUAUACCUCCUCAAACAACUAAGCCAGAAUUCCACUUUGUCACUUCCGUUGAUAAAAAUCAGGAUAAUGAACAUUUACGAUUGAUUUUUGAUAGUCCCGAGAUUUGGUCCGAUUUUGUUACUCGAUGCCAGACAAUAGCUGCAUUGGAAUACGGUAAUUCAUUAACCAAUAAACGAAAACCAACAGGAUUAUUCGGAAAUCCCGAAUUAGCAACACCGAAUGGUUUUCGGGUUGCAGCUAAAAAGGCUUUGAGAAGAGUACAUUUGUUAGUGCAACGAAUCGUUAAAGCAAAUACUGAUGAUGAACUGAGAAAAGUUGUAAAGAAUUUAGAUAGAUUAUCAGAUACUCUUUGUUCUGUUAUCGAUACCGCAGAAUUUACAAGGACAGCUCAUCCUGAUCAAAAAUUUACUCAGGCUGCAAAUUGGGCUUAUGAACAUCUUUAUUCAUAUAUGAAUACCUUGAAUACGAACACAGAAUUAUAUCAGGUAUUAAAGAAUGUAAUAUCAACACCAAGGAUUUCUUCAAAGUUUUCAACAGAAGAACUUCAAGUAGCAAAAAUUUUUUUACGAGAUUUUGAAAAAUCCGGAAUACAUCUUUCAUCAGCAGAAAGGGAAAAAUUUGUACAACUUUCGGAUAAAAUUAUUACAUUAGGUCGUAAAUUCACACAUAAUCAACCACAGAGACCAAUUAAUUAUAUAGAUGUUGACGCAUCUCUUCUUAAUGAAUUAAAGAUUAGUAGUGUCAUAAAUAAAAAGGCCAAUAUUGCUAGAAUUUCAACAAAACCCUGGGAUGCUCAAGUAGUUCUAAAACAUGUGAAAAGUGAAAAGGUUAGAAAGGCGAUGUUUAUUGCUUCAAAUUCAGCAACGGAAGAACAAGUUAAAACAUUGGAAAAUUUAUUAAAAAUAAGGGGGGAAUUAGCUUUAUUACUUGGGAUGGAAAGUUAUAGUCAAAUUUUUUUAAUAGACAAGAUGGUUAAGAAUCCAGAGAAUGUUCAAACAUUUUUACGAACGCUUGCAGAUCGUCAUCGAACAAAAGCUCUUGAAGAUCUAAGAUUAAUACAGAUAGCAAAACAACAAGAAAUUCAAAGUGAAUCAUUACCAACUGUUUAUGCAUGGGAUCGAGAUUAUUAUACUGAAAAAAUAAAGGAAUCAUCACCAACACAACCUACAACCCCUAUUUCACCAUAUUUUUCUGUAGGUUCAGUCAUACAAGGAUUAUCAAAAUUAUUUUCACGAUUGUAUGGUAUAUCAUUUAGGCCAGCUGAAAUAAUGCCGGGAGAAGUUUGGAAUGAAGAUGUACGUAAACUAGAAGUUAUUGAUGAAAAUGAAGGUAAAAUAGGUAUAAUAUAUUGUGACCUUUUUAAUCGGUUUGGAAAAUAUCAAAAUGCUGCACAUUAUACUGUAAGAUGUUCUAGACGUGUAGAUGAUGAUGAUAGUGAGGGAGACAUUUCAACUGAAUUAAAUAUAACAGAAUUAGGAGAAUUACCAGACUCUGAACCAGGAGAAACAAUAAAAGGAAGAAAUGGUCGUUAUCAACUUCCUGUAGUGGUCUUAAUGUGUGAUUUCGCAAAUCCAACAAAUUCAAAAGGACCCAGUUUAUUGAAUUGGUUAGAAGUCGAGACUUUAUUUCAUGAAAUGGGACAUGCUAUGCAUUCAAUGAUUGGACGUACCGAUUUUCACAAUGUUUCAGGUACAAGAUGCCCAACGGAUUUUGUAGAAUUACCAUCGAUAUUGAUGGAACAUUUUGUUUAUUCACCUAGUGUGCUUUCACUUUUUGCAAAACAUUAUCAAACUCGUGAUCCAAUGCCAAUAGGUCUCAUUCAUUCUCAUCUCAAUGCACGUUCACAAUUUUCGGCAAUGGAAACUCAAUAUCAAAUAUUAAUGGCACUUUUAGAUCAAUUAUAUCAUUCAAAUUUAGCAACUUCCUCUACAUUUGAUACUACAUCAAUUUUAGCAAAUUUACAAGAUACUGUAGGAUUAUUUCCAUCAGUAUCUAAAACAUCAUGGCAAAUACAAUUUGGACAUUUAUAUGGUUAUGGAUCAGGAUAUUUUAGUUAUCUCUUUUGUAAAAUGUUAGCUGGUAAAAUAUGGAAAGAUAUAUUUGAAAAAGAUCCAUUAAGUAGAGAUGCAGGACAACUAUUCAAAAAAGAGGUUUUAAGGUGGGGUGGAUCAAGAGAUCCAUGGUUAUGUGUUGGUAAAUCAUUGAAAGAUGAAAGAAUAAUGGCUGGAGAUAGCAAAUCUGUUUCUAUUGUUGGUGAAUGGAUUGAUUGUUUAUAA